AUGAAGUACGCUCUCGUUAUUUCAGCUUUGGCUGCUCUGGCCGCCGCCGCCGAAAAGCCCAAGUUCCUCAACAGCAACUUCCAGAUUACCGAGGGCCAGUCAUUCGAUCUCAAGUUCGACGGCUGUGAGGGCGGCUGCACCAUCACCCUUCAGGACGGUCCCAAUACCAACCUUAAGGACUACAAGGUUAUUUCCACUAGCGCGACUGGCGGUUCUCUCGCCUGGGUCCCCGAGGGCGUUGUUUCUGGCACCUAUGCCUUCAAGAUCACCAACAAUGCCAACAAGGAGUACAACUAUUCUCAACAGUUCUCCUACCUCGGCACUGGAGCUAGCGUCACGGCUUCUGCCGCCAGCACGACUGGCUCUUCGACCGGCUCCGCUACUGCUACUGCUUCCUCUACUGAGGCGUCUUCCACUGUCAGCAUCACUGCGAGCAGCACGGAGAGCUCUACUGAGAGCGGAACCGCGAGCACCACCAUUUCUACCGUCACCAGCUCUGCCACCACGGCCAGCGGCUCUUCCACCACUUCGGCCCCUUCUUCCGCGACUUCCCAUUCAUCUACUUCCACCAGAUCUACCACCGCCGCCACCACCACUGUUCCCAACGCUGGUGUCCGCGCCACUCCCAUGGCUUUCGUUGCAGGCGCCGUUGCAGCUCUCGCUUAUCUCGGUUAA